AUGGUUCUCGCGGUCGACCUCCUCAACCCGCAGCCUCAGUCGGAGGCUCGCAAGCACAAGCUCAAGACCCUCGUGCCUGCUCCCCGAUCCUUCUUCAUGGACGUCAAGUGCCCCGGUUGCUUCACAAUCACCACCGUCUUCUCGCACGCCCAGACCGUCGUCAUCUGCGCCGGAUGCUCCACCGUCCUUUGCCAGCCUACCGGUGGUAAGGCCAGAUUGACCGAGGGAUGCUCGUUCAGGAGGAAGUAG